AUGGCUUAUGACAAAUUCACGCUAACUAUCUUCUGGACCAUUCUGCUUCUUCAAUUAAUUGCAAUUUACGUCAACGCCUCCCUAAUUAUCAUGAUUAUUCGAACAAUCAAAUUGGAAUACACGAAAACUUACUAUCCACUCCUAUUUAUUAUGAUGCUCUUAAAUAUUUUCUUCGUGAUAUUGUCGACCAGUGUGAUCGUCGGCAUCGCAAUUUUACCCGAUGGCUACACAUUCGUUGGAUUCUGUUUGAUGCUCGGACCAUCAUAUCCCACCUUCAUCGCCAUCCUCGAUUUCAUUUUAUGCGCCCAUCGGGUUUCUGUGAUGUUCUGCGAAUCGGAAUUCUGGAACGAGAAAAUUCGAUGGUACGGACCAUUAAUAUUUUUGGUGUUGACACCGUUCGUUCUACUAUUGACGGCAUCAUCAGGAAUCUUCUCAGUUUCUUAUUUUACCGAAUCGGCGGAGGAUAACGUUGAUUUAUUUGUAUCGAUAUUUGGCUAUUAUGGCGAGCUUUUCAUCAAAUUGACUAUCGGAGUGCUUCCAUUUUUCGGCUAUUUAUCGAUUCUGCUCAAAAUGCGAAGCCAUAAAAGGAGACUCAACCAAUCCGUCGAUUAUACAGUCAUCAAACAAGCGUUUCCAAUCGCCUGCUUUCAAUUGAUCACCGGCAUACUGAGUUUAGCACUCCAUAUCGCCUUUUAUGGAACAGACAAUGCGUUUCUCAUAUCGUUGGUGAUAAAGCACGUUUUUGGGCAGCCUCUGUGCAUCGUUGUGCCGAUCUCGAUUCUUCUCGGCAACAGCACUCGUCGCGAGAAGAUGCCGUUGUUGUUCGUCUGCCGAUGCGGCGUCGCCAACAAUGUCCAAGAUUCCUUAACAUAG